AAGAGUGGAGCCUGAACAAAGCAUUGAGAGAGAGGAGCUGCUGGGAGAGUGAAAGAACUGAUACUCUCACUGACUCCGUCGCCUGGACAACCAGGCACAGAGGAGGGAGGGAAGAGAGCAAGAGAAAAGGGAGAAAGGGAGAAAACAAAAAAUGAUGAUAGACAAGACUUAUUAAGCAAAUUAAAGAUCUCAUAAAUCUUGUGUAGGAGAGGCUGUGCUGAGGUGCAGUCGCUCUCCCUCGUGCAGCUAGAGUACUAUGAAAAUAAAACGGAUCAACAGAGAAAAUUAAGAGAGCAUUUGGAGAACAAGUUUGAAAUGAAAUUGUUCAGCAUAGGUUUGCAUCCUCAGAAGAGGACCCCAUAGGCUGCACAUCCCAUCAGUUCAUACCUCUACUCAUCAAGCUCAGGUGCUGCCAUGGACUUAGAAGACGAGCCGUUGUUAUUCCAGAGCAGCUGGGAUGCUGAGGAGGAAGAGGAGCAGGAUGAGGAAGAUGGGGAGUCAGAUACACAGAUUAAUGGGGGGAGCAGCACCACUGGAGGCAGCAUAGUGUGGGGGGCGGUGGGCUGGGUCUACACACAGCCCUGGGUGAGUGGGGUGGUCCUGGGAAUUGGAGUCUUUCUUCCCUGUGCCCUCUCUGCCUACAUGUUCCUAUACUGCCCCCCAUUGGACAUAGACCUUUCCUACAGUGCCUUUGAGGUUCACAGCCACUUCUCCGCUGAGCGGUUUGAUGCACUCACCAUUGCCAUAAAGACUCAGUUGGGGUCCUGGGACAGACGCAGGCGUGACGUGGACCACUAUGACUUCACUGCUCUACAGGAGCUGCUGUUGGACAGACUGGGUAGGCAGGGAGAUGAAGCAUCCAACUGGACAUCACAUGGAGGGCUGAAUUCGAAAUCUCUGAAAAACCACACGUUCAAAAGAGUAGUUAUGCAACAGAGAGGAGUUGCCCUGAGUCAGCAAAAGACUGAGAUGCAUAGAGAGGCAAGGGCUGGUAAAGCAAAGAUAAGAGAGGAGGAUAAAAAUACAACUAACUUAGGAAAACCUGAGAGUCAUGAGUUCAAAGGGGAAGAGGGGUUCAGAGACAGUGAGAGAUCUCACACUAGGAUGCGCAGGUUUGCUCCCAACUACUCAUACCUGCAGAGCCAAGCCUUGUGGAGGAUGGAGCUGGUGUUUGUAGCUCAGGGUGGGGGGGACAACAACAUCUUCACCCCAGAGCGUCUCCGCACCAUCCACCACAUAGAGCACCUGCUCAUGCAGCACCCCCAGUUCCAGCAGUUCUGUUGGAAGCCUCUGGAGGUCCUGAGAGACCUGCCCCUGGGCCCCUCCUACUGCUCCCCUCCAAGCUCCCUCCUCUCCUACCUCUUCCCCAGUGAACGGGGAGGCAGGAUCUACUAUGAUGGCAUGGGACCUGACCUGGCUGACAUCCAUGGUGCUCUGAGUCUAGCGAUUACCCACCCACAGUUCUACUGGUAUGUGGAUGAGAGUCUGGCCCCUGACCGGCUCUCCUCCUCUCUCCUGCGCAGUGAGAUCCAAUUCGGAGCUCCGCUGCCCUCAUACUACUCCCUCCAAGACCGGCCUGAGGAGCAGAGGCAGCGCUUCAGGAACUUUGUAGUUCAGUACGCUGACAUCCUGGCUCAGCAGUCCACCAGCCAGGUGAAGGUGUUGUAUGGGGGCACAGAGCUGUUUGAUAAUGAGGUGAGACAGACCUUCCACAGAGACAUGUUGCUGGCGCUGAUCAGUGGGGGCUGCAUCACUCUACUGGUCUAUGUCCUCACCUCCUUCUCAGUGUUCCUGACGUUCUUUGGGCUCACUAGCAUUGGUCUGAGCUGCCAGGUGGCUCUCUUCCUCUACCAUGUGGUCUUUGGGGUGAGAUACCUUGGCAUCCUCAAUGGAGUUGCAGCCUUUGUGAUCAUUGGCAUUGGUGUGGAUGAUGUGUUUGUGUUCAUCAGUACAUUCAGACAGGCUUCCCACUUGGUCCACCCGGUGCAGAGGAUGAUGUACACGGUGAAAACUGCUGGCCGAGCGACCUUUCUCACCUCCUUCACCACCGCAGCUGCCUACGCUGCUAACACCUUCUCACAGAUUCCGGCAGUGCAUGACUUUGGCCUGUUCAUGGCCCUCAUCGUCAGCUGCUGCUGGCUCUGGGUGUCCAUCCUCAUGCCCGCUGCCCUGUGUAUCUGGACCCAGUGUGUUGACCCCCAGGAAAACACCUGUUUAAAAUGGUGGAAAGCUCUUACAGGACUGUCAGUGAGUCACAGUCCUUUGUCAGAUGAGGAUGAAGAUGUGGCCCUCCUGUCGGUGGAGAUGGAGCCAGGCUCCUGUGUCACUGAUGUAGAUGCAGCCAUUUUGUCCCUGUCAGUGGAGACCUCGCUCUCACCCCCAGGGCGGGGGAAUGCAGGUGUGGUCAGCGCUAAACUUCAGUGGGCUCUGAGGCACUGGGUGGCAGAGCCAGCCGUGGAGAAACGCAAAGUCAUUCUAGGCCUCUACAUCCUGGUCCUGCUGCUGUCUGCUGGGUGCUGCUGCCUCCUGCGGCCGGCUACUCAUGCCCCGUUACUAUUUCGCCCAGACACCAACCUCCAGACUCUACUGGGACUGAGGAACAACCUCAGUGCCCAGGGCAUCUCUUGCCACAUGUGCUCUGGUGAGACGUCGCCAUCAAUCUCUGUGAUGGAACCCAGAUGGGUGCAAAGUCUGUUCAUGGAGAAACCUCAUCUUCUGCACAGCCCUACCCAUACUACCCCCUCCAUGCCUGGGUUUCACCCUCAGCAACAUACACAGAGCCCUUCAAACUCAACUCUACAGAGCCCAAUCACACCAAGCAUAUCCUCCAUCACAACAGGGCCUCUGCUGACAGUGUAUGUCUCUAAGCUGGAUGUGGGUGCUUCUAUCACUCUGUACCGCUUCUCUCUGAAUAGCAGUGUGCCAUCGCCCUGGAAAAGCCUCAGUGCCGGGCAUGGAGAAGUUCCAUCCUUUCAGGCAUACAGUGGACCUCACAGCAACUUCAGCACCCACAUGACUGUGUGUGUGUCCCGUGUGUACCACCCCCACCCUCGCUGGAUGAUCACUUCCCAGUCAUGUGAUCCACGCCACGGCUGGAGGUCAGAGUUCAGCUUCUAUGUGGCAUCGGCUGAGCAGCAGCACAGCAGGAGAUUGUACUUUGCCCAGCACAAGCUGAGUCCUCAUCCCAGCCGAGUGUGUGUAGAACCACCUGGCUGUGUGAUCAGCUCCGGGCCUGACGGACCCACACAGGGCUCUUUCUACACUCCACUCCCCACAGAUUCCACCUCAACCAAAAGGUCCAAGACUUCUGGUUUUAACCCCUGUAGUGGAGGUGGCUGUGGCAAGCCAGCAGUCCGUCCUCUGGUUGACACUGGUGCGAUGGUGUUUGUGGUUUUUGGAAUACUUGGAGUCAACCGCACCCAACGCACAGACAACCACGUCAUUGGAGACAUGGGCAGUGUGAUAUUGGAUCCAAACUUUGAUAUCUUCCAAGAGAUUGGACACCUCUGCCAAAUCUGUAAAGCUAUCAGUGCUAAUAAACAGCUUGUGAAGCCGGGAGGAGCCCAGUGUCUACCGUCAGGCAACAAGCUUUCUUCUAUCCUGCCCUUACUCAACCCAGACUGCCACUCCCUCCCUGAGCCCAACCUGCUGCCAGGCCAGCUGUCCCAUGGGGUCGUGGGGACGCACGGUGGCAGAGUAAGCUGGCUCUCCAUGGCCUUUGAGUCUACCACCUACAAGGGGAAAUCCUCUUUCCAGACACACUCAGACUUCCUCCAAUGGGAGACCUUCCUACAAGAGCAGCUCUCGACUCUCCCAGAGUCCUCUGCUCUACGGAGAGGUUUCCAGACCUGUGAGCACUGGAAGCAGAUCUUUAUGGAAAUCAUAGGUGUCGAGAGCGCCCUCUGCAGUCUGCUCCUGUCCCUGGCCAUCUGUGUGGCAGCUGUGUCUGUUUUCACUGCCCAUCCGCUUCUGCUGCUGCCAAUACUGCUCACCAUCCUGGGGGUCAUCUGUCUGGUGGUGGCCAUCAUGUACUGGCUGGGCUGGGAGUUGGGGGCCGUGGAGGCCAUCUCUCUGUCCAUCCUAGUGGGCUCCUCAGUAGACUACUGCCUGCACCUGGUGGAGGGCUACCUGCUAGCUGGGGAGACCAUACCAGCCACACCAGGACACACUAUGAGCCUGUCAGCUAAAAGGCAAAGAAGGUCCCUAGAUGCAGUAAACCACGUGGGAGUUGCCAUUGUGUCCAGUGCUGUCACCACCGUGAUCUCCACAGUCCCUCUCUUUUUCUGUGUCAUCGUGCCUUUUGCUAAAUUUGGCCAGAUUGUGGCCAUUAACACAGCAGUGUCCAUCUUGUUUACCCUGACUGUGACUGCAGCUAUGUUGGCCACCAUGGGCCCUGCCAACUUCCACAGGCCUCCUGGUGCUGUGCUGAAGGCCAGCCUGGCAGUACUGGGCACCGCAGCCUUUGGCGCUGCCCUGUGCUGGGCAGGAGGGCAACUAGGACCAGUCACCUGGCACACAGCAGUCACCAUGUGACCCCACAAACAUAACUCAACCACUACUGUCACCUCUGUAAGCAGAACCAAAAGGCUCAGUCUAAACAUCAGUGUAGUAUUGUUCUAUAAAUGCAGGUGGAAGGUUUCAGAUGUACGUAAAAGCAUCUUGUGGAAGUAGAUAUUUCUUUGUGUGGAUGAUUGAAAGUUUAAUCAUUUUUUUCCAAAAGAACAGAACAUAGUCUGUUGAGAAUAGGUAGUCUGCAGGACAUGCUUUGGUUUCUGUGGAUGCAGCCUACUGCUGAAAGGAGAUGACACAAUGGUAAUGAAAUACUGGUUGAGUCCACAUUGUUCUAUUGUCCACGUAAUUCUGUUCCUGACAGUAAAAUCACUGACUGUUCUCUGACCUGCUGUUAGCACUGACCUCAUCUCUGGCAGUUUGAAACCACACUUUGAGGUCCAAAAAGACAGGUAUUGUACCAUAAAAAAAUGCAAGCCAGAAUGUGUCAUGCACUCCCUUAUUCCAAUGAUAUCACUCAUAUCACAUCCCACUGGGCACAUACCUCAGUUCAAUGUCUAGUUUGGAUUUACAUUUGGUUGAAUUGUCAACAAACAUGAAUUCACAACCUGGACUUAGGGGUAGAUGUCACAUAGUACACGUAAAUCCAGGACACUGCAAUUAGUAUGAUAUGUUACGUUUCGUAUGAUAUGUACUAAUUUGUGGAUCUCCAUCAUCCAUUUUAUAUGAUAUGUUACAAAUUAUAAUUAAUAUGAUAUAUUAUGAAUUGCAAUUCGUACAAUAUGUUACAAAUUGCAAUUCGUACAAUAUGUAUAUAUUUUAGUUAAUGUAUGGUUUAUGUUACGAAUUUUGUUGUGGCUGGCGUUAGCUAGGUGGCUAAAAUUAGCUAGGCUGGCUAGAGGUUAAGGUUAGGGUUAAGGUUAGGUAAAAUGCUAAGUAGUUGCAAAGUUGCUAAUUAAUUAAAAUGCUAAAGUUGUUCUUUAUGAAAUUCGAACACACAAGCUUUGGGUUGCUGGAAAUUCGCAACCAUAGGAACCCAAAAAUAACUACUGUAUCAUACUAAUUUGAGUCUACUAUGUUAUGUCUAGUCUAUCAGACCAGGCUGGAAUUCAAUGUGAAAUCAACCAAAAAUGUCACUUUGUCAUUGGAUUUAGGUUAAAUGUUGGGUGAAAAAAAUGACAAAAUUCCCUGACAUUGAUGACUUUUUGCAAAUCCAAUCAGUUAUCCACAUUGAUUCAAUGUCAACACAUACUUUUUGGUUGAAAUGACAUACAAUUUCUCUUCACUUAUAUGAUUGUUCAGAAGAGAAUGUUAGGAGUCAUAAGGUUAUUCACCACAAGGCAGAUAAAUGUACAUUUAGAAGGCUGUAAAAACAUGGAUGAAAGGUACUACAGCUGUAGGCCUACUCUAGGUAUUAACAUGGGUAAUGGGAUUUUUUUUUUUUUUUUAUUCCCCCAAAGUUGGCACAAUAUGCAAUUACACAAAAUACAAACAGGUUGUCGCAUGGAAGCCUUUUAGCCUAGCAUAUUUACUUCAAACAAAGUCGCCAUAAAUGCAAAGCGAACGCAUAAUUAACACUGCCGGACUGCACAAGUGAGCCGAACGCAGUUAAUAACCCCAACAGGAAACCCUUACAGUAGGCUAUAGCCUAGAAAUGAACAUGUGCCUCGCUGGGCUGCUCUUUGACCUGUCAUUGUGAAUCUUCAGACAGGCACACAUUUGACAGGCCUAUGCACAAUUCACUAGGCAUCUCUGUCACAGACACAAUUCAGAGGCUAUUCUAGAGCCUUGGCUAUUUUCCUAUCCAGUCCCAAUACCACUGAAACGUCAAAUCCUGACUCCUGUAUAGCAUGAAAUUCCUAACUUUAUUCUGUAAUCCAUAGGUUGCAUUAUUUGGGGCUCCCGAAUGGCGCAGCAGUCUAAGGCACUGCAUCGCGGUGCCAGAUGCGUCACUACAGUCCUUGAUUCGAAUCCAGGCUGUAUCACAACCAGCCAUGAUUGGUAGUCCCAUUGGGCGGCGUACAAUUGACCCCGCGUCGUCUGGGUUUGGCCGUUAUUGUAAAUAAGAAUUUGUUCUUAACUGACUUGACUAGUUAAAUAAAAAAUUAAAUAAUAAUCAAGUCACGUCUCACCUAUGCAUGGCAAAAUACCGCUAUAACAUUUCCCCAGCUUCUCUGCGCAGUCUGGUACUUGCCCAUGAGAGCUUUGGUAGAGAUUGUGUGAUCAACAAACGGUAUGCAGUAGAUAUUCAUGUUUUUUAAAGAGUUGGUCCCCGUUAAGAUCGCCUACCUUGAUAUUUAAACUAUUUCCACUCUUCAUCUCCCCAUUAUUUAUGAGCUGAUCUGCUAUCUGUAUCCCAUAAUCAUCUCCUAUAUUUGGAAAAAUCUAAUUGAUCUGUCAUUCGUUAGAGGGUAUCUAGCAUUUUAGCUUUUGACUGCCAUUACAAAGUUAGAAUGAUUCGACAACGCUGUACUCGGAGUGCGCUCUGUGUCGAGAUAUCCUACUGCUGAAAUACGCUGGCGAUCAAAGAUCAUAUCAUUACUGAAUAUAUAUUUAAUUUUCUCUGAAAUCUGUACAUAUUGGUGCAUGCAGCCAAGUGAUGAGGUUGCACAGCGACCUUCUUAUUUGGGGAGGACCCUGGAAUAGUGACCAUAUCUUGGUUUUAAACGCUUUAAAUGCACUUCCGUUUUUUGCUGUAUUUCCCGGGACUAUCGGGAUAAAUAUGAAUUAUUCCCGGUAUUUAAACUUGGUAGAUUUUCGGGAAAAUAUGAAUCCCUACUGUGCUCUGACUCUUGUCCGUUUUAUAUAUGUGCAUCUUAGAUGUAGUGUGAGAUGUAGCUUAAUGUGUAAGUAUCUAUGCUGCUAACACACAUUUGGAAAGUGAUUCCUUGUAUCUUGAGACUACUAACACACUCUUUAAGUGCUGCAACAUACUGUGCAAAUAGAGCAGUGAUUUGAGGAGCACCUUGGAGGAAAGGAAAUUGCAAUUCCACGAACAAUGCCACAGCCAGGAGUAAUUCAACUUCAACAGCAGACAAGGACAUUAAGGAGAAGCCACACCUACCUGAACAAAAUGCAACAACAAGAAAUGCUAACCUGUCAUUAUGGUUCAAAUGUACUGUACAUUUCUCUCUGAGGUAUGUGGUACCCCAUCUUCCUGCACUGCAGAUUGUAAAUGGGAAAAUUGUAAACAUAGAAAAAUGUGAGUUAUGUUCUGUGGUGAAGGUUUCUCUCUUCUAUGGCACAGUACAUCUUAAAACAUGUUCUUUCUCUGAUGGGUGUAGAAAAUGUAUUUUUCCAUGUGUUUUUAUAUUUUAUUUAUUUUAUUUUACCAGGUAAGUUGACUGAGAACACAUUCUCAUUUGCAGCAACGACCUGGGGAAUAGUUACAGGGGAGAGGAGGGGGAUGAAUGAGCCAAUUGUAAACUGGCGAUUAUUAGGUGACCUUGAUGGUUUGAGGGCCAGAUUGGGAAUUUAGCCAGGACACCGGGGUUAACACCCCUACUCUUACGAUAAGUGCCAUGGGAUCUUUAAUGACCUCAGAGAGUCAGGACACCCGUUUAACGUCCCAUCCGAAAGACGGCACCCUACACAGGGCAGUGUCCCCAAUCACUGCCCUGGGGCAUUGGGAUAUUUUUUUAGACCAGAGGAAAGAGUGCCUCCUACUGGCCCUCCAACACCACUUCCAGCAGCAUCUGGUCUCCCAUCCAGGGACUGACCAGGACCAACCCUGCUUAGCUUCAGAAGCAAGCCAGCAGUGGUAUGCAGGGUGGUAUGCUGCUGGCAAUAGUAAGCUUGUAUGCUUCCCUUUACCCUUUUCUUGUCCGCCUACCUACAAUACACAAACCUAUACCAACUGCUCACACAUUGGCUGUUUGAAUGACUCAACCAUGACCCAACCCUGAGAUAAUAAUAAUAAUAUGAUCACUUGUGAGCCUCUCAGGUGAAGGCACUCAAUGCUCUUUGCAAAGCACUUGAUGAUACUUACUAUAACUCACUCGGCUCCCUCCACUGCUUUCAGGCUAGUAGAGUGCACCGUUUUAUACACCAACGCAAAGGCUCUCUCCUGCCCUGCCGACAAGGUCAAACACAUUGGUUAAUUUAUGUGACACAAUAAUGCUUUUAAAGGGAGUUACUUGAUGUAACUGUAACUAGUCUUGUUAUAUGUGUGUAUUGCUGUUAAAAUUAAAUAAAACAGAUAUCUUUAGAAGAA